AAAAUUUAACCUAUAUCCUAAGGCAUGAGUUAAAAAAUCUCAUAAAAUAUUAACAAUAAAUGAAAUGUGGUACCAAGUAAGAACCAAAAAUAAGCGGAAAAAAUCUAGUGUUUAACAUGGAUCCGAGGAAUCGAAAUUAUUCUUAACUACAUGAUUAAUUAUAAGUUGAAGUUAACCAGUGUACUUACUAAACCAAAGAACUACUCAAGAAUUCACUUGCAAAGAUGAGAGAGAGAGGCAGGAAAAGAGCUUGGGAUCGGAAAAGCAGAUAUCAAGCAAGGGAUGGCUGGACAGCACUGGACAGAGAGGCGGCACGACUAAAAGGGAGAAGCAGCUUCACAAGGAGUUCAGAUGCAGGAGGAUACGCGGGACACAGCAGGCAGCAGAAGAUGUUGGGAGAUUGGGGUUACGAUAAGGGGACAUACAGACAAGCAACAGCCUUCUUCUUCACUAAUUUCCCUGAGGAGUGGAGCUACACAGAUAUGUGGUCAACCUUCCGCAAGUUUGGAAGAGUGAUAGCAAUUUAUAGCCCGACGAGAGGAAACAAGAGUGGUAGCAGAUUCGGCUUUGUCAGGUUCUUGGAUGUCAAGAAUGAAAAGGAUCUUGAGAGACAACUAGAUCAGAUCCGGAUUGAAGGAAGGAAAAUAUGGGUGAAUGUGGCUAAGUAUCCAGAGGAAAAAGUGGCAAUGAAGGAGAUUAGUAGAACCGCACCCACAGUCAACACUAUCCAGGACAGAUCGUAUGCUGAUGUAGUUGGUGGGCGAGUAGGAGUGAAAGAAGGGAAAACAGAGGAUCAUCAAAUGCCACCACAGCUACAAGAUGUUCAAAGGAAUUGCAGAAAAAGAGAAGGAAACUGGCAGCCGUUGAGAAGACAGACAUGGAGAGUGAAAAAUAGAAGAGAGGAAUGGUCCGGCUUUGACAUUGAAGAAAAGUUCUACAUGGAAGGUUAUUUUACAUGCCGUCUUCGUGCUAUGGGAGGCAAUCUGGUUCUCAUGGACUGUGAGGAUAAGGGAGAACUUGAAGAUUUAGUGCACGGUGCGUCAGAUUGGUUAGGCCAGUGGUUUUCAGAGGUGAAGCCUUGGUCUCCAAAAGAGGUGGCAAAAGAAAGAUUUGCAUGGAUAAGAUGCCAAAGAGCACCUCUACACGCAUGGGGUCCAGAUUUUUUUGAGAGAAUGUCAUCAGCUUGGGGCAAAUUCAUUUGUCUAGAUGAUAGCACAAGCAAAAAGAGGAGAUUUGAUAUAGCAAGGUUCCUCAUCUCAACGCCAAUUAUGGAUUCAAUCUCAGUUAGGAGGCAAAUUAAAGUGAAUGGGGAAUUAUUCAGUUUAAAAUUCACGGAAGAGGAAUGGACCAAUAGCCUUUUCUCACUGAGACAGGACUUCAUCUUAAAGUUCGCGAGUGAUUCGGAAAUUGAAGAACACUGGUCUGAAGUAAGCGAUUGGGACGAAGGACAGCAAGGUGGCAAACACGGUGGUGAAUGGGAGCCUUUAGUCGGAGAAGAUGAUGAUAGGGAGGAUAUCCGAGAUUGCAGCUGGAGGCACAAAGGGUUGGUAGAUAUCUCGGACUCCGAGGAAAGGUUUGAAUCAGUAGGAAAGAGCUACGUAGGGGAACGUUACAAUGAGACUGACAUGAGAUCAUUGAGCCGGAUUGUAGAAGAGGAGUCAGUGGCAAUGGUAGCUGAUAGCAUUAAUGUGGGUGAAGACCUGUCAGAAGCAGGUGGCAGAGAUGAUGACGGGAAGUUUGAAUCAAAUUCAAAAUGUAAGGAACAGACAACUUCAGAUCCUAUUGAAUGCCCAGAGAGCAAUGGAGUAGAUCUGCAGGCUAAUUUGGGCCAAAAACUCAGUGUAGCUGGAGCAUCGGGCAAAGAAGAUUGGGCCUGUAAGGCCUCUAGCAACAACCAGCAAAUGGGUUGCAAAGUGAGACCAGUUGGUGAAGGCCGAAUAGAGAAAACAUGCACUGCAGAUGGAACUUCGGAUAAAGUAGAUUGGGCCCAAGUGGAUAUAGGCGACAACAUGCAAACGGGCUCCGAAACGAGACUAGCAGCUGAAGGCCAUAAUGAGCAGUUACACGGUUUAGAAAGGCAAACAGAGGAAGGAAACAACGCAGAAGACUCAAAGACAAUCAGGACAAGUCGACGGAGUGAGGAAGGAACGGAGAAGGAGAAGAUGGACAAGAAAUGGAGAAAAGAGAAGACAAGGAGCAGGAAGAGAGCAAAACUAGACAAAGCUAAGCCGAAACAUGCAGUGACAGAAAGAGAGGGCAUACCGGAGUUCAUAGCUUGCACCAGCAAUUCAGUAGCAGGGGGGUCAUUGGGAGAUAGUGGAAUUGUGAACCGCAACAGAUUAUUGAUGGGUCAAUCAAAUCGAAAAAUGGCAGAGCAACUUUGGGAUUUUGCAAAAAAGAUAGGGGCAACAGCAGAGAACGAGGAGACAGUUAUUAGAAGCCUUGAGGAGAUGGAAGCAAGAGACAGGAAAGUUAAGGAAGCCGAGGCAUCAAAGAAAGCGUGCAAGGCACAGAAGAGACACCUUAAAGACUUAGUGAAUAGAGAAAGGGUGAUUUUUUUAGCUGUGCAAGAAACAAAGCUAAGUGUGGUAGACAGAAAGAUUUGUAGAACAAUCUGGGGUUCAGAGGAGUUUGAUUGGGCUGCUAAGAAUCCAGUAGGAAGGUCAGGAGGGUUGUUGUGUUUAUGGGAUCAGAAAGCUAUUAGAAAGAUUCGGGUGUUAGAGGGAGAAAAUUUCAUAGGAGUGGAAGGGAUGUGGUUGCCAAAAAAUACUACCAUUACCAUUAUCAAUGUCUAUUCUCCGUGUCAUUUAACAGGGAAAAGGGCAUUAUGGGAGGAGCUUAAAAAUUUAAUAUCAGGGAAUGGAGGAAACAUUUGUCUGGUUGGAGACUUUAACACAGUUAGGAGAGCAGAGGAAAGGACUGGCUGUAGAGGAGUAACGUCAGAGAUGAGGGAGUUUGACGAUUUCAUCCAUGAAACGGAGUUGAUAGAUAUACCACUUCUUGGCAGAAAGUAUACAUGGUAUCAUACUAAUGGCAAGUCAAUGAGCAGAAUUGACAAAUUCCUACUGUCUGGGGGAUGGUUAGAAAAGUGGGAAGAGGUCAGACAAUGGGGAUUAAGCAGGGUAGUCUUUGAUCACUGUCCACUGUUGCUUAAACACAAAAAAGUAGACUGGGGUCCUAAGCCCUUCAAGUUUUUUGACGUAUGGCUUGAACAGGAUGGAUGCAAAGAGCUGAUAAAGGAAGUCUGGAGUAAUACUAACAUCCAAGGUUGGGCAGGAUUUCGGCUUAAAGAAAAGCUGAAGAUGACAAAGGAGGCCUUAAGGAAGUGGAGCAAAAAUCUACUCCCUGAAGUCGAUAGUAAAAUAAACAAGGCUGCGACAGAGAUUGAUCGAGUUGAUUUGAAGGGUGAAAGUGAGCACCUAUCAGAAGAAGACAUCAAAAGCAGAAGGGAUGCUACCCUAGUCCUAUGGAAAAACAUAAGGAUUAAAGAAAGCAUGUUACACCAGAAAUCAAGGAAGAUUUGGUUGCUUAAGGGGGAUGCCAAUACAAAAUUUUUUCAUAAUUGUGUGAAGGGCAGAUGGAGGAGGAGUGAAAUAAAUAGUAUUGUUAUUAGAGGAAUGCAGAUUGAAGAAGUGAGUAGAUUGAAAGAGGAGAUCGCAGCAUUCUAUGAAAACCUGUUCAUGGAGGAGCAAGAGGAGCGCCCAAAGUUGGAAGGGGUUUGUUUUAAGCAAGUGCAACCCGAAGAUAAUAGACAGCUCAUCGAGGCUUUUACUGCUGACGAGAUUAAGGCAGCAAUAUGGGAAUGCGAUAGCUCGAAAGCGCCGGGACCCGACAGAUUUAAUUUCAGAUUUGUUAAGAGUGAGUGGGAAGUAAUCAAAGAAGAUGUCAUUGAAUUCCUACAAGAGUUCCACAAAAACAGCAAAAUGGUGCGGGGUUUGAACUCCUCUUUUAUUGUCCUAGUGCCAAAGGUGGACAACCCGCAGAAGAUCGAGGAGUACAGACCUAUCUCGCUUAUUGGCGUUAUCUACAAAAUCUUGGCCAAGAUACUUGCUAAUAGAUUGAAGAAGGUACUUGAUGAGCUAAUUGGCGAGCAACAGAUGGCAUUCAUCAGCGGUAGGCAGCUAAUGGAUGGAGUUGUUAUUGCAAACGAGUUGGUCGAUGAAGCAAAGAAGAGAAAGAAGAGUACUUUUAUGUUUAAAAUUGAUUUCGAAAAGGCUUACGACAAGGUCAGCUGGAGCUUUCUUGACUAUAUGAUGCUGAGAAUGGGGUUUUGCACCACUUGGAGGAAAUGGAUCAGGGAGUGUCUUGAAACGAGCACGGUGUCAAUUCUAGUUAACGGGAGCUCGACAAGGCAAUUUUCAGUUUCAAGGGGACUCAGGCAAGGAGAUCCCUUAUCUCCCUUUUUGUUUUUAAUUGUUGCAGAAGGGCUGAAUGGACUGGUUAGCACGGCUGCUCAGAAGGGUUUACUACAAGGAGUGGAGGUGGGCUCUCGUAACCUCAAAAUAUCACAUCUCCAAUAUGCUGAUGACACGAUAUUGUUCGGUUCAGCCACAGAGGACAAUGUAUGGGCAAUGAAAGGAAUCUUGAGAGCAUUCGAGCUAUGCUCUGGUUUGAAAAUCAAUUUCCAUAAGAGUCAACUGCUGGGUAUUUGUGUGGGGGAAGAUUGGCUGGACAAAAUGUUGUGGAUUCUAUGUUGCAAAAAAGGAGAGUUCCCAUACAAGUACCUGGGAAUUCCCAUAGGAGGAAAUUGCAGAAGUCUUGGGUUCUGGAAACCUUUGGUAGAUCUGUUCUCCAAGAAAUUAUCCACAUGGAAGGCUAGCUACUUGUCUCUUGGGGGUCGACUCACUCUUAUCAAUUCAAUGCUGUCCAGCCUCCCGGUCUUUUGGAUGUCGAUGUAUUUGAUCCCAAAAGGUACGAUCCGAUCUCUUGAUAAAAUCCGUAGGAAUUUUCUGUGGGGCGGGAUUAAAGGGGGGAAUAGAAUAAAUUGGGUGAAAUGGGAUGAGGUUUGCAAAGAUAAAGAAAGAGGAGGACUAGGAGUAAAAGAUCUGGGGAAACUGAAUUUCGCUCUGUUAGGUAAAUGGUGGGGGAGGAUAGUGUCGGAGGAGAGAGGUCUUUGGAAGAAGGUCAUAUGUGAAAAGUAUGGCAUAGAAGGGGAACAUAGUUGUAAUUGGCUGAGGGGGGGUUUUAAUUUUGGUUCUUUGUGGUGGAGAGACACAUGCAGGCUAGACACUAUAGCAGUGGAGAAACAUGGAUGGUUAGCCAAUGGGUUUAAAAUAAAAGUGGGGGGAGGAGAGUUGGUCAAAUUCUGGUGGGACAUUUGGAGUGGGGGGGAGAGCAUAGCUAACAAAUUUCCUAGACUCUAUGCUCUGUCAACAGGUAAAGAUAACAAAAUAUCCCAGAUGGGGGAGUGGGUGAACGGAGCAUGGAAGUGGAAAUUACAAUGGAGGAGGAGCUUGUAUAGCUGGGAAAAACAACAAGAAGAAGAUCUGCAGAGGGAGCUUCAAAGAACCCCAGUAGUGAGAGGCAAGCUGGAUCGGUGCGUGUGGGUACACUCUAAGGACGGAUGCUACUCCACGAGAACAGCUUAUCAAGUAUUAACAGAAGCACAAAGUUUGGCCCAACACAGAGCAGAUUUAAGCAAAGUUUGGAAUGUUUUCAUACCCAAUAAAAUAGCAGCCUUCUCCUGGCAAUUACUGCAGGACAGAGCACCAACGAAACUUAAUCUCUUGAAAAGAGGUAUUUUACAAAACAUUUCAGAGUGCAUGUGCGAUCUAUGUGGCAGGGAGUAUGAAGACUCCAACCAUUUAUUUAUUCAUUGCAAAGUAGCCUAUAGUCUCUGGACAGCAUGUUUUAAGUGGUGGGGAUUAACUACUGCGCUAGACAAGGAUUGCUGCAGGGUAUUUGAACAACACCCUCAUUUGUUAAAUAAGCCAGGUGAGAAGAAGGGAUGGGAUUGUAUCUGGUUCACAUUGAUUUGGACAAUUUGGUUAGCAUGAAAUGAGAGAACAUUUAGAGGGAAGGGGGCAGACAAAGAAAGACUCUUCGAGCUCAUACAACUUCGUUCUUUUCAUUGGAUAAAGAACAAGAGCAAUAGAUGCUAUUUUUCGCU